AAAGUUUGUACAACGAUUGAUGACAAGUGCUUUCUUUGGAGGAUGACAGACGAUCAUAUAUGUGAGCAUUCUACGUCUUUAACUUUGUCUUUCUCAAACCAAGCUUAUUCAAGAGAUAACGACUCCUCUAAUGGAGUUUUUUCACCUUGCUUGAGGAACAAAGAUCAGACCAGUGUUGUUGACAACUCAGUGCACUUGUUGGAAAGUGAUAACCACAAGUUACAAGGUGUAUUUUCUUUUGGUGAUAAUUCGGAAGGUUGUUGUGGUCUAGGAAGUCUUGAAAGUAGCCGCCAACCCAUUCCUGCUCAUGUUGCUACCUUGGCUAAUAAAAAAGUAGUCCAAGUCGUCUGCGGUCAUCGACACGUGCUUGUGCUUACAGUGGAAGGUGAAGUUUAUUCUUUCGGUUCCAAUAAAUUGGGUGAAUGUGGAACAGGAGUGGCUUCAUCUACCCCCAUUCCUUCACCUGUUCCUAUUACUACUAUCAACUAUGAUGAAAGAGGCUGCUCUUUAGAUGAUGAGGGUCGCAUACAGAUUAUCAACGAAAGAAUACCUAAAAAGGCUUCCAUUCCAGUUUAUACAAAGAAUGGAAAUACCAAAAUUCGUAGAGUUGUUUUCAUAGCAGCUGGUUAUAGUACAUCAUUUGCACUUACAGAUGAUGAUAGAGUAUAUGUAUGGGGUAGAAAUGAAUCGGCUGCUCUGGGUUUAGGUAUUUCAGGUGGUUGUGUACAUACUCCUGUAAUGAAUCCUUAUCUAUCUGGCUUAUGUCUUGUUGAAAUUGCUAGUGGAGGAGUACAUGGCUUGGCUUUAACCAAACAAGGUGUUGUUUAUGGUUGGGGUGGAAACAGUUAUGGUCAGGUUGGAUUUCCUUCAGGUUCUGGAGCUUCUAGUAUUGUUGCUUAUCCAACUAUCAUCACUUCACUUCAAUGCACACAUUUUAGUCAUAUUUCAUGUGGAAAAGAUAUGAGUUUUGUCGUAUCCACACAAGAUGAUGAAGUUUGGGCCUUUGGAUAUAAUGCACAUGGAGAGUUGGGACUAGGACACACAAAUCCUGUUCCUGAACCACAGCAAGUUGUUGGACUGCAAUCCAAAGGAAUCAUUCAGAUUGCUGCUGGUAUUCGACAUGUCUUGGCACUUUCUUCUUCAGAACUAGUUUAUGCUUGGGGAGAAAAUAAUUAUGGACAACUGGGAGAUGGAACUGUAGAAAACUCUACUUUGAUAAAGGAAAUUCAUAUAUUGCGGAAUAGACGUGUAAUUCAAGUUUCUGUAUCUGAAUGUGCUUCUUUUGCAGUAACAAUACAUGCAGAACUGUUUGUCUGGGGUUCAAACGAGAGACAUGUUCAUGGACAUCCAUCUGCAUCAGGUUUCUUAUCUCCUCGUAUGGCUACUUGGUUAUCCCAUUUGGAGACUUGUCAUGUUGCUUCUGGAUUGCAGUUUACCAUCGUUUAUCAAAAUGCCAGACUUGAAAAGGAGAUUCCGUCAUCUUCUUUGAUGAACGAUUGGAUAGCUAUGUUAGAAACGGGACAGUUUACAGAUGUCACCAUUUUUGUAGGUUCUCAAAGGACACCUUUACGUGCUCAUCGUUUGGUAUUGAUUACGCGAUGCGAUGUAUUUCGUAGAAUGUUUUUGACGGAUUGUGUAGAAAGUCGAACUGGAAACAUUGAAGUUCCCGAUGUUGCUCCACAUGUCUAUCAAUUAUUUUUACGUUAUUUAUACGGAGACCAGAUAAAUAUUCCUUUGGAAUUUGCUAUCGACUUAUUGGCCUUGGGCGAUCGAUACAACUUACCAAGAUUGAAAGCCUUGUGUGAAGAAUGUCUAAGAAAGCAUCUGACUAUUACAAAUGCUGCUAAAAUAUUUGAAGCUGCAUCUUUAUAUGAUUCUAAAGAGUUGAAACAAGUUUCUUUGCAACAAGCAUUUGAUUUUGGAUAUUUUGGUGACAAGUCCAAGUUUUUUACGAUUUACUACCAAAAGUUUGGAACAACAACCAGCCAUGACAGUGGAACUGCACAAAGAUGGAAAAGAAUCUUCUAUUCCUGAUGAAAUUGGGGAACAAGAAACACAACAACUAGUAG